AUGGCCGCCAUCAAUAAUUCGGAUCUAGGUUCAAACGCUGGUGACGAAGAUACCGCCAAAUCAGCACUAACUCCAGAUGAAAACUCUCGCGAUUCCCAUCAGAAUAAUGGUUCAUCCACUCCUGAACCGCCUGCUGCGGUCAAGGAAGUGCCACUUCGCCGAAGCAAUCGUGGAAAGGGUCGCCCAGACAGGUCGAAUCAUAGCGACGAGAGAAUGCAGUCCUGUCUGUGCGGGUCCGUGGAAUAUAAACCUGGUGAUUAUGUUUACUAUGAGGAAGCAGAAUCGGAUUACUAUGCAAUCGGCCUAAUCGAUGAAAUCAAGAUGUCAAGAAGAGACAAGUGCAACCUGAUUAUCAAAUCUUUCUGGCGCACAGGGGACGUGCCGGAGGUAUCUAAACAGGCGUUAUUAGAUAGAGAAGAUACGGAUAGCGGUGAUCCGCGAAUUCUUGCCCGGGAGUUAUUUGUAACAGAGCAUCAGUCAACAAUCUACUCAAGCCUCCUCCGUGGAAAGUGCUCUGUUGUCCAAAUGCCGGAUUUGUGCACUGCACUUAAAACAUUUAACCCCGAAGUUGAGGAUUCAUUCUUCUACGUAUACGCCUACAAUCCAGAGACGAAGCGUCUCCUAUCCACAAGAGCAGAAAUCAAGAUCGGUCCUGCUUACCAAGCAACUUGGCUGCCCCCUUGUCGAGGACUUCGACCCCUGACUCACCGCUGUGCCAAGCACAACUCCAUCCUCAAACGCCUCCGCGAGACCCAAAACACCGCCACCUCGUGUCCGCACUCCCCUCCUGCGAAACGCGCCAUGACGGCCAAAUGCUGUUGCAGCGCCGGCGACUCGAGCCACUGUGAGCACGUGUGUCUCCAGCGGGUUGACGAGAACCCACCCAAGCAGUGGGAGCAGUUGGUCUGGCUGCCCGACGCUCUCAACGGCGCCCAGGACGAAGACUGGAACUGCGACGACGACGAGGACGACGACGAGGACGCCCCCGACAGGCCGCUGAAGACGUACCUGGACGCCGUGCGCUCACUGGUUGCAAUUUUUGCCUUCGGCGGCUCUGACGACGAUCUCGUCUCGGCUGAGAAUGGUCAUGUUCUGGCGAACCUCGCGGCCACCACACAGCACGCCUACGACACCCUACACGCCUGUAAUUACAACCUUAUGAAGGCCCUCGAAGCAGUUAAAGCCAACCCAAUUGUCAGCACAGUUGUCAUGCUUUCCCUCUUUUUUGCCCUUUUCUCUCCUUCAUCGUCUCUCUUCUCCUCUUUCACCCUGUUACGUGGUUGGUUGUACCACGUCGUAUCACUUUUCGGCGUGGCUCGUCGGACAAAUGAGAGCGAUCGGUGA